AUGUCUGUGUCUCUGUCCAGCAUCCCCGUCGUGAAGGACAAGCCGUUCCACUCCAACCCCCUCAAAGGCAGCCCUGUCCGCGGCUCCGGUUACUACGCUGCCCCGCUGCCCGGAGCCCAUCACAACAUGAACAUCUUCAGGAGCUCUCAGCAUGCCCUCCACCCGCUCAAGUCUCUGGGACGGCUCGUCACCGAUACCCAGGCAGUCAUGCCGUUCAACUUCACCGCCGGUAACCCCUCAUUCUUCGGCCACGGCGGCCACGCCGUUAACGUGCUCCAUGAGCAGAUUUUCAACGUAUCGAACAUCCCGUAUUUCAAUCGGAUGAUGCCGGGAGUGGGACAAGCGAUUUACUCCAAGCACGAGGAGUUGGCGGCGGUGGUGACCGAGCACGCUACUGGGCCGUUAUCAGACUACAGCAGUCCCGCUUCGAGCGAGAGGUCUUCUGCUCACUCCGUCUCGCCGUCCAAAGCACGUUCGCUCCACCUCAGGGGAACCGAAUUAUCAUCGAAGAAGACGCGCACUUAUAGUUUCAGUGAGGACGAUCUGUUCACUGUGCUGUAUGGAUAUACCGGGAGACAAGAGCAGAAUACCGGUCACGCUAUCUCAGGAAUAGCCCUGACCGGGAACUCAGUUUGUAACAGUGAGAUACUCACCUUGAAUACUCAGGCGCUUGAACUUCCAGAAGAGUUAACUAUCCACCAGACGAGUUACGGCAGUUUGUCCCACUACGGAGUUUUUGCGGUGAAGAGCGCCGUCACAAAGGGAACCCGGUUCGGCCCAUUUCAGGGGAAACUGGUCAAUACGAGCGAGAUCAAAACACAUGACGACAACACUCUGAUGUGGGAGGUGUUCGAGAACGGUCGGUUGAGUCACUUCGUGGAUGGCCGGGGCUCUUCCGGUAACUGGAUGUCGCUGGUGAAGUGCGCGCGCUUUCCGGAGGAGCAGAACCUAAUCGCAGUACAGAGUCAGGGCCAGAUCUUCUACGAUGCCUGUAAGGAGGUCCAGCCGGGCCAGGAGCUGCUGGUCUGGUACGGGGACUGCUAUGUUCAGUUCCUGGGAAUUCCUCUCACUCUGAAGGACUCGCCAGAGGAGGGGAACGUUAUGCUUCCGCUUGAAGAUUCUGGAGAGGGUUUUAAGUGUGAUCGGUGUGGCAAAGUGUUCGCCUAUCAAUACUACAGAGACAAGCAUCUGAAGUACACGCGCUGCGUGGACCAGGGCGACCGGAAGUUCCCGUGUCAUCUCUGCAACAGGUCGUUCGAGAAGAGAGACCGACUGAGGAUUCAUAUCCUACACGUUCACGAGAAACACCGACCACAUAAGUGUUCGGUGUGCGGUAAGAGUUUCUCUCAGUCCUCCAGUCUCAACAAACACAUGCGCGUGCACUCAGGAGAGCGGCCCUACAAAUGUGUCUACUGUAACAAGGCCUUUACCGCUUCCAGUAUCCUGCGCACGCACAUCCGCCAGCACUCAGGAGAGCGGCCCUUCAAGUGUAAACACUGCGGGAGAGCCUUUGCCUCGCACGCCGCGCACGACAGCCAUGUCCGACGCACCCACGCCAAUGAUAAGCUGUACCCGUGCGACGUGUGCGGCAGCACCUUCCAAGAAGCGACAGAACUCGAGAACCACAUGAAGAGUCACACAAAAGGCCUUCUGUCGGAACCCGCUGUUCCUCCUAUCGUCUCACGAAACGGAUCUUUGGAGGAUACGACCGCCAUGUUUUCAUUCACCAAGGACUGCAGGACGCAAAGACUAACGGAGGAGAACUUCUACACAGGCCUGACGAUUCCGAACCAAGAAUAUCGACCCUGGAAUUAA